AUGACGUCACAAUAUGGUCAGUGUGUCCGCAUAAAGAAGAAAAUCCGAAGCCAGGCCCGUGGCUUCGAAGCUGAAACCGGUGUCAUGCCUCUAACUUUGAAACCGAAGUCGAAGCCAAAAUCCUGGCUUACAGAAGCCAAAGCCGGCUUCAACCCCAUGUCAGCAGAAGUAAAAGAGAGAUGGGCUGAGUACGUAGAAGAACUAUACAAUGAUAAGGAUAAAGUAGAGGUAAGAAAGAAAAAGGCAUUAAAGAUCGAAAUGCCAAUACUGGAAACAGAAGUUGAGGCAGCUGUGAGCAAACUGAAACAUGAUGAAGUUUGUAGGGUUGAUCAGCUUCCAGCAGAAAUUAUAAAACAAAUGAACAAGAAUGGGAUAAAACGUUUCACUAAAAUAUGUGAUUCUAUGUACUUCAAAAUAAUGAGGCCUUCCCAGUGA